UGAUUCAAGGAUGCAGCGAAAAGAAACGCAAUCAGCUCGCUGACGAGUUUCAGCUGCUCGCACAGGGAAGCUUAACUGAAGCCGUGAGGCCCGACGAGUCCUCCCCUUUCACGCGUUUAACAAGGUAAACGGGAAAAGUUCUGGUAGGAAAAUGCCACAAGAGAACAGCUUUAGUUUAAAAAGUGUGCCGCUCAUAUUUCUGCUGGUAUUUGGUUUGUUUUGGAAUCGGAGUGAGUCUCAGGUGAACAGAGAAGAAGCCAACAAGCCUCAAGAUGGACGGCGAGACGGCAGCGCCUUCUUCGCCAUGCGGAGCUGCCAGCAGCUGCUGCAGGGCGACGCCGGCGAGUUCUUCUCCCCGGACUACCUCUGCUCCAACCCGCCCCUGUGGUGCAACUGGACCAUUCGGGUGGAGCCCGGCAAGAGAAUCCACCUCCACCUGGAGGACCUGACCAGCAGCGACGGCUGCUCCCUCAAGGAGGACCAGAUCCACGUGGAGGAGCCCGCCGACGGGUUCAGAGGUCACGCGGUCCUGCAGCAGUGCUGGCGGGAGGCCAAGUACACCUCCAGCGGCAACACCCUGUACGUGGUGCUGCUGAUUGGCGGCUGGCCCAGCCCGCCCUACAGGGGCUUCCACGGCCGCUACCAGGCCUUCGGACCCCCGGUGGUUUUCGACCCGCGGCAGGGGUCCAAGGCGGAUCCGCCCCGCAGGCCGGUGGACUUUGGCGACAUCGUGAUGGAGGGCGAACGGGUGGAGUCUGAUGUGCCGGAGCCUCGCGAUGGCGUUUACGAUUAUCACGGCCAAGCUACGACUGCGGAGGCCGGGCUGGAGACCGAGUGGGGUGAAAACCAACCUCCUGAGGUGGAAAUCUACAGCCACAUCUACCCGUCCACGGUGCCGGCGUUCACGCAGGGGACCUCUCGGUCCGAGAGGGGGGCCGCUCCGACGACUUCGGCGCCGCCCGACAGAACGACAACCACACAGGUGGGCGUGCAGGAGGAAGCCGCGGGUCCAGAGGAGGAGCGGUCUGCAGAAGGGAAGGACUGGAAGGAGGCCUCGGACCGGCUCCCCGCCGCCGCCGCCGCGUCCUCCGAAGAAGAACCGGGGGAGGGGAGGGGCCUGACCGAUCCUCCGCCCAACGUGGUGGAGCCCCCGUCGGACCACCGGGGGAACCUUCACCUGUUCGAGGUGGCUCUUGAGGUGAACUUCAGACAGGACUCUGAGACGUCCUUGGUCAACCCGUCCGGGUCGCUGCUGCUGUCGGUAAAGUCUUUGGUCGGCGAGCGGCUGAAGGCUCUGGGAACGCCGCUGUCCAUGUCGUCGAAAAGAAUAAAAAGGCUGAGCAAGGGACUGCUGUACAUCCUCUGGCUGCAGAUCGGACAGAAGCCCGGGGCGGCUCAGGUCCGGGGGGUCGUGCGCUCCCGCCUGGAGGGCCUCGUCGCCACGGAGAUCGACCUGGGGGAAAGCCACGCGCCGGGCGUCCUCGCGUCCGUGUCCAUCGCAGAUGUGAACGAGUGUGACACUCAGCUGGUGCUGUGCGACGCCAACGCCGACUGCGUGGACCAGUUCGGUUCGCACUCGUGCCGCUGCAGGCCGGGCUUCCAGGACAAGACCCGCCAGGGGUCGGGGGGGACCGUCGACGCGAAGGCCGCAGGUUGCAGCUCGGGCCUGUCCGCCGAGACUAAAGGCGUCUACGUGCUCUUCUUCCUGCUCAGCUUCCUCGUCCUGGCGCUAAUGGGCGGUGGCCGGCCUGCUGUACCACCGACGCCACCGGGGGGGAGUUUCUGGUUCGGGGAAACUCCGCUGUCUCUCGCCCCGAACCACCAGCCGGGGAAGGACCGCUACCCGGUCGUGGACCUGCCGCUGCUGAGCUUCAGCCCGCUGCGCCCGCCGGUCGGCUACGGGGAGCCGCGGGAGGGCGGGAAGAUGUGA